AUGGUCCUCAUCAAGGAGUACCGUGUGGUUUUACCUUGUAGCGUUGAGGAGUAUCAAGUUGGACAGUUGUUUUCUGUGGCUGAAGCAAGUAAAAAUGAAACGGGUGGUGGCGAGGGGAUAGAAGUAUUAAGAAAUGAGCCCUAUGAGAAGGAGGGAGAAAAAGGACAGUAUACACACAAAAUCUACCGUCUUAAAAGUCGAGUUCCAACGUUUAUUCAGCUAUUGGCACCAGAAAGCGCCUUUGUAUUCCAUGAAAAAGCCUGGAAUGCCUACCCCUACUGCAGAACUGAAGUGACGAAUGAAUAUAUGAAAGAUAAUUUCUUGAUCAAGAUUGAGACGUGGCAUAAACCUGACCUUGGAACACAAGAAAAUGUUCACAAGCUUGAUCGUUCAUCCUGGCAGCAAGUCACUGUUGUACCUAUUGACAUUGCUGACGGAAGUCAAGUGUGUACCUCUGACUACAAGCAGGAUGAGGACCCUGCCAAGUUCAAGUCUGUUAAGACGGGAAGAGGACCACUUGGACCUUUCUGGAAGAAAGAGCUGGGUGCCAAGAACGACUGCCCUAGAAUGUGUGCCUACAAACUGGUCACGGUGAAGUUUAAAUGGUUCGGCCUUCAAACUAGAGUGGAGAACUUAAUUCAUGAGCAAGAAAAGAGGAUAUUCACCAACUUUCACCGUCAGCUUUUCUGUUGGAUUGACAAGUGGGUGGAGCUAACAAUGGAUGAUAUUCGGCGGAUGGAGGCAGAGACUCAGAAGGAGCUGGAUGAGCUCCGCAAAAAAGGUGACGUCAGAGGAACGAGUGCUGCAGACGAAUAA